AUGCACACCCAGAGCCCCUGCACCGACGGCUCCGCCUCGCCCUGCGGGGUGGCCGCGCCCCAACCCGUCGCCGACAGCUGCAACGAGCCCUGCGUGCGCCAGUGCCCCGACUCCACCGUGGUCAUCUACCCCCCGCCCGUGGUCGUCACCUUCCCUGGGCCCAUCCUCAGCACCUUCCCCCAGCAGAGCGUGGUGGGCUCUGCGGGAGCCCCCGAGGUCGGCGCCGGUUUUGGGGCCGCCCGCACCCCCGGAGCUUCCCACGUCUACGGCGGCGCCCGGUGGGGUCGGGGGUACCCCGUGGGGACCUGCAGGCCCUGCUAA